AUGAAGGUGAGGAUGUCAGUCAGAGGCAAGGCCCGCAGAUAUGGAAACGUUUUGGAUUACAGUCGACCCAAUGGAAAGGAAGAUGCGCCUUUAAACCUGAACAAGAGUUCAGCCUAUCAGGAGCCUUCAAGAACCGCUUCUGCCAAACAACAUUACCUGAGGCAGUCAAGAUAUUUACCUGGUAUUAGCACAACAAAGAACGUAGCCAUAAAUGCCAGUAAAGACUUUGCAGGAAGCCAUCUUUGGGGCAACAGCAGUAUUCCAUUUGGAGGGACUCUGCCGAGCAGAGGCGCUCACGGUACCAAUACAAUCCCAGGGGGAUACAUGCCAUCGUUUUACAAAAAAGACACGGGAUCUGCGGGUCACAGAGGACCUCAGGGUCCUUCAGUGGAAUCAACAGCAUCAAAUUAUGCAACAUGGCAGUCUGGCCGGAGUCCGAUGAACACCUCCACCAACGUGCCGUCACCCAACAAGAGCACCCCCGGUCUGCUGCCUCGCCCACCGACACAAACCAUCCACGGGCGAACGGAUUGGUCUGCCAAAUAUGGACACCGCUAGUGCCCUCACUUCAAACUCUUUCACCUCCAAAGAGUAGGCCUAGUUGUUUUAUAAUAUAAGUCUGUACAUACAUCUUACACAGCAAUAACUUUUAAUGUUUUUCAUUAUGUGUACUAUGAAUGUUGUGAGAUGUAAAAAUAUCUAUAUGUAUAUUUAAAUGCAAGCGGCCAAAGUUUGGGCCCAGAUUUGCUCCUCAGUGUUUCAUUUUGUAUUUCUGUAUUAAAGCUACAGAGGUCACAACUUCAGUUGUGUAUCAGAUGUAUCAUUGAAUGUUCACCAACCUGUAUACAUAAUAUGCAUAUUAUAAUUGUAUGGAAACUUCACUGUGACCUGUAUUUGGCUGCAACUAAUUACUUUGCCUUUGUACAGUUUGGUGUGUUUUCCUUUUUCCCUGCUGUUUUUUUAUGACGGUAGCCUUGUCAAUCAGGUUACUAUUAUUUGUGCAUUAUAUGUUUUUAAUAAAAUGUAAUGCCUUGCUCUAUUUUCAAUUAAACAAUGCAAAUGGUUGCCACAAUGUACAAUUCAGUUUUAUUUCUGAAUUAAAAUGAUCCAAGACAACACGUUAUACCCCCUUGGCCAAAGUGAGUGUGAUUAUUGAAUUGCCUGUUAUUGAAUAUAAUUAAACUGUUGACUG